AUGGCAGUUGAAGAGCUGCAAAAUUUUACAAAAUUAAAAAUGGAUGGAAGUUCUAAAGAGCCAAAACUGCAGUCAAGAACCAACGAAAAGCACUUGAGCAGAUUUGCAGCACAGAAGAAGCUGCGGUAUGAGGAGAGCAAAUACCAAACACCCAUUGUGAUGAGAAAGUACGGAGUAGAGCCUGCGCCGCCAAUGGUUGUUAUUUUUGGCCCGCCCUCCUCUGGAAAGACCCUUCUAAUGAACUCAAUUGUGCGGCACUACACCAGACAAAAAAUAGAAAAAAUUAACGGAGUUGUCACUCUUAUGGCGUCAAAGCUGAAAAGAAUAAGUUUCUACGAGUGCCCAGCAAACCUAGCCACCAUGACAGACUCUUCAAAAGUAGCUGAUCUCAUGGUUCUUGUGAUAGAUGCGCAGAUAGGACUGGAGAUAGAGACCUUUGAAAUGCUGAAUUUGCUGAAAACACACGGAUUCCCAAAGAUAAUGUGCGUCAUAACGAAGCUUGACAAGAUCGAAGGCGUGUCCCAGCAGAGAGCGCUGAUCAAAAAAAUGAAAAAAAGAAUAUGGACAGAGAUAUGCGAUGGAAUUAAGAUCAUACCAAUGACAAAAAUUAUUGGAGGAAGGUACUUGGACAGAGAAGUGACAAAUGCUGCAAGACACAUUGCACAGAUGAAGUACAGGCCGUUUAUGUGGAGAGCAUCGCACCCGUACAUCGUAGCAGACCAGCUGCAAGUGGAAGAAACACCAAAAGACACGGAGAUAAAGAGCGAUAUGCAGCUAUUCUCCAUCACAGGAUAUGUCCGAGGCGGAGUGGCUCUUAAAAAAAGCACUACAUUCCACCUUCCUGGAAUAGGAGACUACUGUCCAGCGAGCAUUGAAGUGGUAGAUGACCCAUGCCCCCUGACCAACGCGCAGAAGAGAAAACUCAGCGAAAGAAAAAAGCCGUUGUAUGCUCCAAUGAGUGACAUCAGGGGAAUGCGAGUAGAGCAGGAUGCUAUUUAUCUGGAGAUACAGAAAACAAAGGAGAUGAAAGACCUUCCUUCGUACUACGACGCAGAUGCACCUGCUAAAAAAGAGUUUAAGCUCUUUGCAGAGCCCUCCCAGCAUCUAAACCUUGAGCCAGAGUGUGCACCAGAGGAAUAUAGCAGACAGAGCACACAGACAAAGAGCACUGCUGAUCAUGCAGCUGGAGAUGAAGGAGAUGCAAUUCCUGAAAACUGUGUGACGGAUAGCGAAGACUCGCUCGAUGGUGAAGUGCAGGAUAUCUCUGAGAAUCAAAAAGAAAGGGUAAUUGCAGAGAUAAACUCCAUUGAAUACGCAGCAGAAGAUGAAAACAGCGACGAGCUUGACGAGGCAGCCGUUAGAAGAAUGUUCAGACACAAAAAAGAAACAGAAGAAGACUACAUUGAGAGAUUCAAUGAAAAGUACCGAGAGCAUGAAAAAGACAGAAGAGAUGUCUUCACACAGGAAAAGGAGAAGCUGAGAGAGGCAGAGGAAGCAACAAUGCAGAUGCUUGAAAACCAUUCAGAAACAGCUAAGGAGCACAUCGAAGGAAUAGCCCCAGGGAAGUACGUAAAACUGCUCAUUGCUCUUCCAAAAAAGGUCACUGAAGUGUACACGCCAGAGAACAUAUUCAUCCUUGGCGCCAACAAAGAGGAAGAGCUUUCAAUGACGUUCAUCCAGGGAAGAGUAAAAAGACACAAAUGGUUCAAGAAAACUCUUAAAACAAAAGAAGCACACUACAUUUCCAUGGGGUGGCGCAGAUUCCAGACAACUCCUGUCUUUUCUCUGAAGGACCCCAUUCGAAACAGAAUGCUUAAGUACAUACCAGAUACGAUGACAUGCAACAUAACUUUCUACGCUCCCACACACCCUCCGGGCACAAGCUUUACAGUUUUGAGAAAGUUUGAUGAACACAAAAACUUUAGAAUAGCAGCCAAUGGAGUGCAAACAGAAAUAGGCGGCCAUCCGAAAAUCAUGAAAAAGCUGAAGCUGAUAGGAUACCCCUCAGAGAUAAAAGGGCACACCGUCUUUGUUAAGGACAUGUUCCACACACAGGAAGAAGCCGCUAGAUACGAAGGCGUUAUGCUCAAAACGGUAAGCGGAAUUCGAGGACAGAUAAAAAAGGCAGGGGACAAGGGAGUGUUUAGAGCCUCGUUUGAAGCCCAGAUAAAAAUGAGCGAAAUUAUAUUCCUUCCCUGCUUUUUCCCUCUUCCUCCUGCGAAGAUAUACCUCAAUGCCGAAGACUUCAGUGGAUCAGGAGAGAUAGGGCUUCUGAAAGAGAUAAGAGAGAAGAAGAACAUAGAGGUGGAAAACAACACAGACAGCUUAUACAAAGAAGUAGAGGAGCCUGUGCUGAAGAAGCUUCGGCCUAUUCCAAAGGCUCUUCUAUCAAGAGCCCCGCUAUCUAUGCUCAAAAAAGAAGAGGAAGUGCAGGAGGUGACAGGAUCAGAAGAGACAAAACAUAAGCUGAAAAUACUUAGAGAGCUGUCGCACAAAGUAGAGCAGAUGAAGCAAGAGAAGGCAAAGAGCAGAGAAGCCAGAAUCAAAGAGAUUGUCCAGGAAAGAGAGGAAAAGAGGAAGAAAAAAGAGACAAAGAUGAAGAAUGUGGCGCAGAUACAGAUGCAGAAAGCAAAUAAGAACAAGAAACACAAAGGCAGCAAAGGAAAAACAAAACCAAGAAAAUAA